AUGGAAGGUAGGAAUAAGAAAUAUGCUGUGAUAUUGGAGCAUCUGGAACCACCUGUUGAAGCAUUAAGAACAUCAUUUGGAGGACCAGCAGACUCAGCAAAACCAGUAGACUCAGUAAAACCAACAGACUCAGCAGAACCAAUAGACUCAGAGGAUAAUGAUGGUACAGGCAAGGGAGAUUGUUCAAGCACAUCAAAAAAUAAUGAUGGGGACAGUUCAUGUGAUGGUGUAGAAGGUAACGAUGGUUCAGACUCAAAGGAUGAUGACGCAGACACAAAAAUAGAAGGUGAAGAAGAAGAUGAUUCAGGAAAACAGGAAACAACUUGCAGAAGUAGGAAAACAAUGAAACGAACAAGAGAUUUCAGUAUAAGUCGCAGUUCGAGUUAUGCCACGCUUCGCUGCCAGUAA